ACCCCCCAAAUCCAACACCCCCUCUUACUUGGUUGGCCCUAACAAGCGCGAGUGCAUAACUUUCCGUCGAGAAAUGGCGUCCGAAGAGCCUGGCAACACGGAGACCGAGGGCGAGGGCGAGGGCGAGGUCGAGACAAUAGCCUUCAAGAAGAGACGUGCGAACCGCCGGGUGAGCUUCGCGGACGUCGAGAUCACCUCCGUCCACAUCUUCAACCGCGACGACGACCUCUCCGAGGACCAGCCCGCCACCCCAAACUCCUCUCAUUCUGGGCCUGACCCAGAGGUGCUAGGGUUUUUCAGGGACCUUGCCGACAGCGACGAUUCCACUCCCAUUCCAGAACUCGACGAUCCGCCCAACUCCUUCUUGCGCCCCAUUGGCUCGCCCUCUCCCGGAAGCAGCACCGUCGGCUCUGCCUCCGCAGUUUCCAAUGACGACGAAGACAAUUUCUUUGGGCCUGUGUCAGCGAAUUUCAUUAGACCCGGAAGGUUAUCCGACUCUGGUGCAUCGGAUGAUAUUACCAUGGAUUCCACCGCGUUCUCUAUGCAUUUCCGUAGUCUUGCCAGGUCAGACUCUGGAGGAGGAGGCGAUCUCAAGACCCCGACGAUGACAACGGCACAUCGUCUUCUUGCCUUUGAAGACAGUGCUACUACCCCUUCCCACACUGCUACCCCUACUGAUUCAGCAAGUUUUAUGGUACUAACUAAAGCUAAGAAGCCUGUGCUUCCUGUUGAUAAAGUGAGCAGCGGUGGUGGUGGUGGUGGUAAAGAUUCAAACGACAUGAGUAUUGUAGGAGAAAACCCACGUAGUUAUGAUUAUGGGAGGAUAUCUCCCAGAUUAGAUGCACUUUUGGCAGAAGGGAGCAACAUUUUGAAUUCUAUCUCUAUUGACUCAAAGUGUUUAAUGGGGAGUGAUGAUAUGCAUGAAAUGUCUGCCGAGGCAGUGUCUCUGCCUAGUACAAAGACGAGCGAGGCAAGUGGUGGUUCUACUGCUGUUCCUGUUGAUCAGAUUACUCAUGAUCACCAAAUCCAAACUCCCAAGCAGUUAACUGAAGGGGUUAAGGAAUUUAGUGAAAAUGCAAUUGAAAUGUUUAGGCCAAUAUCUCAGUUCACUGAUGAUAAUAGAGGCACUCCAUCAAAUAAGGAUGGUAGUUCUGAAUUCAGAAGAAGUGGCCCUGGUAUCAAUCAGAAAUCUGGUGAAAGAUAUCGAUCUUUUCUAGAGGGGUCCAUAUCUUUGUUAUCUUCUGAACAACAGCAAUCGGUUGUGAAUACUCCUAAUUCAGCCAAAUAUAUGGGGAUUGUGACUCCUUCCUCAAAACUGCCAGGUUUCUUUUCAAGUAAGGAAAGUAUUAGACAUGGUGAGAGUCUGUCUUCCAUUCGAAAAAGCAUUUCCAAGUUUAAAAUUCCUGAGCCGUCUCCCAGUUCCUCUACUCUGAAAGAGGGAAUCGAUAAAUUGAAGCGCAGAUUAUCAAAUUAUUCUUCCAUGCCUUCCUCCUUCAAUAUUGUUCUGGCUGGAAAUAGCAAAGAUCCUCAGCAAGGACAUGCGGAUACACCCAUUGCUCAUUUAGAGGAGCACUUGUGCACUGCUGAUGUGAAGAAUGAAGAAAAAAAUUUGACUAACAUAGAUGGUGAUGGAAUAGAGAUCCCCAAAAACAUUGGUAAGUUGAGCCAAAAUGAAGUGAUCUUGGGCCUUGCAAAAGAUGGGGAAUCUCCAAAUUACAUGUCUCUGGGCCUUGUUUCUAAGGAUAAGAAUCUAAUGACAGCAGUGGGUUCACCUUCUCAGUUCACUCGGUCAGGAUCGAAACUGGUUCAGAAUUUCUCGAUGUCAGAAAAUCCCACAGAAGGGACUUUGGUUACUUCAGGGACUGAUUCCUCAUCAGUGGAGAUCACACUUGAUUACAGGAAAGACAAAAGAGUAGCUGGUAUGCCUGAUAACUUUGUUUCAUCUCCAGUGAAAAGGUUAGGUCAGGACUCAGCAGCAUCCAUGGAAUAUCAAGGCAGUGUCUCUCGUGAUUUGAAACAGCUGGGACAGUAUAAUAAACUUGUUUCUGGUUCGGGGCAAGAUGGAGAUUCAAUUCAACAUGUUAAUGGUGAUAGCCAUUCUACUCUGGUAGCUGACAAACUGGAUUCAUUGCUUUCUGAAAUGAGAGCAGAGUCGGAUGCAUCCUUCUUGAGGACUAACCAUGUCAAAGAGUUUUCCAAAGUAGAAAGGGUCCUUGAUAAUAACAUCGCUCAUCUUUGCAAUGAAUCUGAAACGUUUAUAAAUAUCCAAAGCCCUUUGAGGGAGAGGGACACUAUGAAUUUUCAGUUUGAAAGCACAGAUAAGAACCUUCAAGCUGGAGCAGACCCUCGCCAGCUCAAUUUGUAUUUUUAUAGAGGGAAAAAAGAGCCUUCUCUUGAAAAGAGCCCAUCCAAGAAAGAUCUGGCCCAGAGUCUUACCUUGAAAGAGUCAGCUCAGAGCUCCUACAGGAAAAAGCCGAUUUGGAGCCCCACCAGCAAAGAGUCAACUCCAAGCCCCUCUAGGCAAGACCCAUCAAGUGCAUCACACAAUUACGUGAUGCCACCUUUUGUUGGGAAAGUUGUACUAUCCCCCAGGUCCAGUUCAAGUAGACGUGAUAAUAACUGCCAUGAUGAAGUUCAUAUUUCACAGAGUCCUUUUCCUGCACGAGAUAUGGAUAUUUAUUCUGGACAAAAAAGAAGAAACGUUCAAAUAGUUUUUGGAGAUGGAGACCAUAUAGACAAGUUAACCAGGAUACAGAAAAGUCCAAAAGGUGAUAAAAGUGGGGGUCAUAAUUUAGAGUUCAUGUUGGAACAGGCUAAUGAAGUUAACAAUGGAGAGAAGAUAGGAGGUGAUAAAACUCGGAUGCAUUGGGCUGAUAUUUUAGUAAAAUUCUCAGGUGAUACAAAACAACUGCUUUCUGGAUCUAUUGAUAACCUAAAUUUAAAGGCGAUUUGCAUGCUGGACGAUUUUGUGGCUCGCCUAUUGAAGGUUAAAAAAUAUGAGAUACUUUGUUCUGAAAUCCAGUCUCAGGGAAAAGUUGACCACUUCAGUAGUGUUAGACAUAAAAGAGUAGCCCAAACAAGAUUGUUGAUGUAUGAAAUUGCAUAUAAAAAAGCAAAAAUGCAAUUAAUGGGUGUGAAGCGCAACAUAUUGCUGAAAAGAGUACAGCGAUUGAGCUCUGGAAUUCAGGAGUGUCAAGUGUUGAAGUUGAAAAUUGAACAUCUAUCUGAAUGUGGUGCAGGGGAUACUCAAAUUGACAAUAGUCUUCAUCAGACUUCUUUAGUUAAUUUUGAGGGCACGCAUGAGGCUUGCUGUGAUGAAGUGACCAAAAGAAGGCAGCAGCUUGAAGCUUUAGAUAGAAAAAUAGAAAGUCUGUGCAAAUGUUUUCACUCUAAAUGUAGGAUGAAAGGAGAACCAAACUGUGCCAACACUCUUGCAUUAGUUCAUGAUCAGCUGAAGAAUAGAAUGUGUUGCAGGUUUAUACGCCAGGAUUUGCAGUUAUGGGAAAUUGAUGAUUUUGAGAGUAGGAAUGGCCAUUAUGAUAUUCUCCUCAACUAUCAGGGCUACAUCAGCCAAAGAUUCACAGUAAACACUGGUCCGUUAUCAAGCAUAAUCAUCUCAAACAAAUUGAAUGAUAUAAACAUCUUGAAGAAUUUUCCAAACAUGGAUGCUGGCAUUGCAUUUUCAUUUUUGGUAAAUGCUGAGACCACUAAGAAGUAUGUUGGUUCAAGAUGUUUGGCAAAAGAGACACAAAUAUCCACUUCGCUUCUAUGUAAUCUGCUAGAUGUGGUUGGGGAAGUACAGUUAACACAGAUAGAGAUUAGAAAUCUGGUCCAGACAAGUUUUCAUUCUCCAUCCGUUAACCAGCUUGAUUUGCAGCUAUGUUUCAUUGAAUUUUAUAGUGGUCGGAAGGUGACAUUGACUCUUGACAUGACAUGUUUGAAUCGAGGCGUUUAUCCUUCGGAGAUCCUCCCAAACGAAAUACAUGUUGGCACUGCGGGUCCAGAGAAAUCAUGGCCGGAGUCACUCAUAGCUGAAAUAAGAGCUGCAGCUGAGAAUCUAACAACUGGAUAUUCAAGAAUAGUGAGGCUGUGUAGGUCUGUUUCUGAGGUUGUGCAAGGUUCAAGCACAUCAAUGGUGGCAGGAAAAGUUUAGAGGUGUCACUUGACAAUUUCUUCAAUCUGUAUAGACUGCUCACCAUCGCAACAUGUUGCGGUUUUUUGGUAGAUUGUACAGUUUGCAUGUAUUAUUAUUAUACCUGAAGCUUUUCACCAAAAUGGAUAUGUAGUGAGGGUUUGAUGUGAAUUGUUAAGAGUUUGUUGACAUGAAUAAAGUGAAGGUUUGUCCCUUCAACGUUAA